AUGGCUGCGCCUAAAGUUAUUGUCCUGGGCAGCCUCAAUGGUCAGCUUGAACCUGCGUUCAAGAAGCUGGCAACCCUGCAUUCAAAGAACAGCUUCUCUAUGGCCAUACUCACUGGCGAUGUCUUCAGCGCAACACAAGAUGAUGACACAGUAACUGCGCUUCUCAACGGAACCCUUGAAGUCCCUCUACCAACCUAUUUCACUAUCGGAAGCCACCCUCUACCCCCACGCAUCGCCGCCAAGGUCGAAGCUGAAGAGGAAAUUUGCGAGAAUCUGCAUUUCCUGGGCAAGCGCAGUAUCACCAAAACCUCCGAUGGUGUGCGAAUUGUUGCUCUCGGCGGCCAAUUGGACCCCAAUCUGAUUGCCGGCCUGUCCAAAGAACAGCAUCUGCCAUUUCAUACAGUAGACGACGCAAAAAGCUUGCGCGGCGCAAACAUCGCAGACAUUCUCCUAACAUCGAUAUGGCCAGCAGGUGUCUGGACUGGCUCUCAGGUUGCCCUCGACCCUUCACACCAAGCGUCUCUACCUGUAUCGGAAGCCAUUGCGGAACUGUGCGCUGCGCUCAAGCCGCGAUAUCAUCUAUCAGCCUCACCAGAAGGCUUCUUCUACGAGCGAGAAGCAUUCGUGCAUCCCACUGAAAAGGAGACAGGGGACACCUCUGUCACGCGAUUCAUUUCAAUGGCGCCUUUCGGUAAUGAAGCAAAAGCAAAGGCGCUGUAUGCUUUCAGUCUCAACAAGGGAGACGCUUCAGUGCCCGUUGGCGCGACAGCAUCACCAUUCAAUCCCAAAACCAAGAAGCGUGCACCCAAGGAUGAUUCGUACAGCCGAUAUGGCGGUGAUGAUAAUGACCGGGGGCACAGAGGCCGCCGUCAUAAGCAGCGCCAUCGAUCUCCUCCUCCAGGGCCCGAGCGAUGCUAUUUCUGUCUCUCCAACCCCAACCUGUCUGCCCACAUGUGUUGUAGUAUCGGGGACGAUGCCUAUAUCUCUACAGCCAAGGGCCCUCUGCCAACAUCUACUACCUUUGCGGAGCAGGGUCUUUCUUUUCCAAGCCACUUGAUCAUCAUCCCACUACCGCACAACCCUACAAUUCCUAGCAUUGGGCCUGUCGCUGAUCCAGCAGGCGAGGCCGUAAAGACAUAUAACGAAAUGACACGCUUCCGCGAAGCCAUCCAGGCCACAAUCGCCAGCAAGAGCUCCCACAAACUCGGUGCUGUCACAUGGGAGAUCAGCCGAGAGCACAAUGUCCAUCUCAUCUGGCAACUCAUGCCCCUCUCCGCCGACCUCAUCCGUAAUGGCGUUGCCGAAGCCGCUUUCAAGGUCGAGGCGGAGAACCAGUCUUAUCCAGCCUUCACCGCGCGCGACCUUACACUUGAGCAGCAAGCUGAGUCUGGUGGUGAUUUCUUCCGCGUGUGGCUGUGGGCAGAUGACGGCGAGGACCGUAUUAAGGGCAAGGCCCUCGUCAUGCCUCUGCCCUCAGACAUGCGCUUCGAUCUGCAAUUCGGCCGUCGCGUGCUGGCCAAGCUUCUUGGUCUUGAAAACCGCAUCAUCUGGAAAAAUUGCGAACAAACCGUUGAAGAAGAGACCAAGGACGUGGAGGCAUUCCGGGAGGCGUUCAAGGAAUGGGAUUUCACUCUGGAAGAAGGCGAUGACGCUGCGGCUUGA